GGGGCGAGCGCAGGCAGCAUAAAAGGCUCAGCGGCUGCCUCCUCAGCACCGCCCGUCCAGCCGCCAGCCAAGCCAAGCCAGGAUGAGAGCUUUGGGAACUGCCAUCACCAUCCUGCUGUGGGGACAGCUCUUGGCAGCGAAUGUUGGCAAUGAGGUCACAGAUACGGCAGAUGACAUCUGUCCAAAGCCCCCGGGGAUUGCAAAUGGCUAUGUGGAACACUUGGUUCGCUAUCGGUGUAAUGAAAACUACAGGCUGCGCACUGCAGGAGACGGAGUGUACACCUUGAACCAUGAGAAGCAGUGGGUGAACAGCGUCGUUGGGGAGCAGCUUCCUGAAUGUGAAGCAGUCUGUGGAAAGCCCAAGAACCCUGUGGAUCAGGUACAGCGGAUCAUUGGUGGAUAUCUGGAUGCCAAAGGCAGCUUCCCCUGGCAGGCUAAGAUGGUCUCCCGCCACGACCUCAUCACAGGAGCCACACUCAUCAGCGAACAGUGGUUGCUGACCACAGCUAAAAAUCUUUUCCUAAAUCACACCGAGAGUGCAACUGCUGAAGACAUCGCCCCUACUCUAACCCUGUACUUGGGCAGGAGGCAACAGGUGGAAAUUGAGAAGGUGGUUCUCCAUCCUAACUACUCCACGGUAGACAUCGGGCUCAUUAAACUCAAACACAAGGUACCCAUUAGUGCAAGAGUGAUGCCCAUUUGCCUACCUUCAAAGGAUUAUGCAGAAGUGGGGCGUGUGGGGUACGUGUCUGGCUGGGGGCGCAACGUCAACUUCAGAUUCACUGACCGUCUGAAGUAUGUCAUGCUGCCUGUGGCUGACCAGGACAAAUGUGUCCAGCACUAUGAAAACAGCACAGUGCCUGAGGAGAAGAGUCCAAAGAGCCCUGUAGGGGUGCAGCCCAUCCUCAAUGAGCACACCUUCUGUGCUGGCAUGUCCAAGUACCAGGAAGACACCUGCUAUGGUGAUGCUGGCAGUGCCUUUGCCAUUCGCGACCUGGAAGACGACACCUGGUACGCUGCGGGGAUCCUGAGCUUCGAUAAGAGCUGCGCUGUUGCUGAGUUCGGUGUGUAUGUGAAGGUGUCCACCAUUCUGGACUGGAUUCACAGAACCAUGGCUGACAACUAAUGCAAGGCAGCCUGGAGGCCCUUGGCUGAGAGCAGGAUUUUAUCCUGGAGAGGGAGUGGUGGGUAGGAGCAGACAGGACCAGGGGCUGAAGCUGCUGGCUGCCAGCCCUGCAUGGCUGGGUCAAUCAAUAAAUAGCUUUUACA